AUGGACCCAACAGCACCAGCGUUUAAUCGGGUUGCUGCUCCAACAGUUGAGCAUCUCGACCAGCGCGCACUACUAAUAAGGGAUAAAUUCAGUGCUGAUGGUUGGCUUUGUCCGCGUUGUUAUCAAGUAAACAACCCCAUAGACAAUCUACUCUAUAGGGUUCCAGCUUUCGAGUGUACUAAUCCCGAGAAGUGCAAUGCUAAGUGCCCUGGGACAGUUGAAUUGAGCAUUACUGACUGCAUAAUGAAUACCGUCAGGACCAAUUUUCUGAUUAGAAGUCAAGGCGAUAACCGGAACUGCACAGCACAUGCAGUCUUGGCCGGCAUGGAUGCUGCACUUAAAAUCGAAGGGGCCCUCCGCGGCGUGCCUGUGUUACAGGCACUCAAUGGUACAAGCCUAUUAAGAGACUACCACCGCUUCUAUCCGGAUGGUGUUGGGCAUGAACUACAGCGGGAAUGGAGAGGAUAUCACAGAUAUGAACAGCUGCUGAGGGUUGCCCAGGCGUUCGGAGUUGAGUAUGUGUCUCCUAUGAGAACAAUCACAAGGGCGCUGAGACUGCAAUCCUGGUUUCGACUGAUAACUAGGCAGACUAGUCUGGACUAUCUAGUGCGCCUGAUCGCUAAUGGCUAUCCGUUAUUAGCCACCAUGGAGAUUGGUCGCUGGUUCAGGCUGGCAGAGGAUGGACAGUUGUACAUGGGGCCUCCUGCUGAAUUUCCAGGUAAUCAUGCUGUGUUGCUGAUUGGAAGCGUAGCAAAACAAUUGGCGCUCCCAAAUAACAUAACCGGGCAGAGUGAGGUGGUUCCCAGCCUUCUUUUUAAGGCAAGGAACUCACAUGGGUCUACAGCUCACAGGUCUGCUGCACAAGGAGGUUAUGGUGGGGAUGUGUACCUAUUGGCGCAGGAUUUAGGUCCAUACUUGUAUGGAUUUCGUAUUGAGACCCCAACCUGGAUGCUUCCUAAUGCUGCCUGA